CUAUACAUAUAUAAAGCAAUCCACAUUAAGUGACCAUGUCAUAGCAAGCAGAUACGCAGAUAUCGGAAAAACUCUCUGAGAAGAAGUACCGGAGUUUGAAUUUCAUAACCCCACAAACUCAACGACAAUGUCUCUGAUCCCAAGCAUUUUCGGCGGCCGAUGGGAUCCCUUCUCAAUGGAUGUCUGGUCACCCAACUUCAGGUCCAACGAUGAGUUGUCGACCUUCGCGAACCUGCAGGUCGACUGGAAGGAGACGCCGGAGGCCCACGUGUUCAAAGCCGACCUCCCGGGCCUCAAGAAGGAGGAGGUGAAGGUGGAGAUGGAAGAGGGAAGAGUUCUUCAGAUCAGCGGAGAGAGAAGCGUCGAGAGGGAGAAGGGCGAGACAUGGCACCGGGUCGAGAGAGGCCGCGGCAAGUUCCUCCGGAGGUUCCGCCUGCCAGAGAACGCCAAGGCCGAUGAGGUGAGGGCAUCUAUGGAGAAUGGCGUCCUGACCAUAACUGUCCCCAAGCUGCCUGAGAAGAAGCCGGAGGUGAAAUCCGUCCAGAUCACCGGCUAAUAAGGUUGCGUUAUGUUGGUUCGAGAAGCUUUUGUUCCGAUCACGGUUCGAGGAAGAUGAUACGAGUCCGAGAGAAGUUUGUGUCAUGAGUCGUUUUGUAUGUUGUUGUUGUGUGUCCAGUAUGCUAUCUCAGCAUUUUGGCCAUAGAUCGAGGGCUAUAAUCCGGUCGGUGUGCUAAUAAAAUUUGUUUUUACUUCAUGUAAA